UUUGGUGCAAAGGCUGCUUGUGUCUCGUUACAGUCGGAAUUGCAGCAGAAAUUGUCGAUAAAAUGUACCUAAAAUCGAAGAAAAAUAAGAUGAAAUUUGAUGUAAUACAAAGUGGUGUAUACGAGAAUUAAAAAAAAAGACGAGAAAAAAAGAAGAGGAGAAGAAACGGUAGCCAUUACUCGUGCGUGUGUGCUUUGUGUAUCCUCGUACUGGAACACGGAUAACGGAAAGAAGAAUCUUCUAAUUCGUUUUUAAUAAAAUAAUACAAAUAAGAAGAAGAAAUAGCAAAACUCUCAACAAACGGAGAAAAUAAAUUGAAAAUUUAAUUUAAUUUUCGGAAGUAACUGCGUUCACAUUACAGAAUUCACUCGAAAUUAUGGUUACUCGGAUUAUGCCAAUUUUCGUCGUAAGCUAGCAAGACACUCGCGUGUGGGGGCUUCUUGCUUACUAAUUGGAGACUCGUUUGAGAGUCAGGUGGACGUUCUCGGUGAAGAAGAAGACGGAAAAAGGAUUGUUCAAGCCCCCGCGCAAAUGAUUAUGUCGUCGGUGUCAGUAAAUGAAGAAUGAAGAAGCAAAAUGUUCGGACGAUUUCCUUAAUCGUUUGUACAUUUACAUAUUUGUUGGUGGGCGCAGCCCUCUUCGACAAACUUGAAAGUGAUACAGAACGGAAGCGCUUCGAGGCGUUGCAACAGGUGGAAAAUAAAAUAAUAAAGAAAUACAAUAUAACGGAGGACGAUUUCAAGAUCAUGGAAUUGGUGGUGCUCAAACUGGAGCCGCACAAGGCGGGACAACAGUGGAAAUUCACGGGCGCAUUUUACUACGCCACCACAGUGCUCACCACCAUCGGCUACGGGCACUCCACUCCGGCCACUGUCGGCGGCAAAUUGUUUACCAUGUGUUACGCCAUGGUGGGCAUCCCCCUAGGAUUAGUUAUGUUCCAAAGUAUUGGUGAACGUGUGAAUAGACUGAGCAGCUUUUUGAUACAACAAGUGAAAAAGUCACUUAAGCAUAAGCAUACACAAGCAUCGGAACUCGAUCUAAUUUGUGUUGUAACAACACUGAGUUCGUUAACGAUAGCGGGCGGUGCAGCGGCAUUCUCGAAAUUCGAGGGCUGGAGUUAUUUCGACUCCGUCUACUAUUGUUUCAUAACACUAACAACAAUAGGUUUCGGUGACAUGGUUGCCCUACAAAAAGACAACGCAUUAAAUAGUAGACCAGAAUACGUAGUAUUUGCAUUAGUAUUCAUAUUGUUCGGUUUGGCUAUCGUAGCUGCUUCGUUAAAUUUAUUGGUACUUAGAUUCGUAACGAUGAACACAGAAGACGAACGUCGCGACUUGCAGGCAGAAAUGCAGGCGUUACAGGUGGCCGUGAAGCUAGAGGGCGACGUCAUUACAGCGAACGACUCUUCGACCCAAAUACAUCGAAUUGGCACGGAAACAGCGAGUUUGGAUGGCGAAAAUGCCUCAAUUUGCUCCUGUCACUGUGCGUGUUUCUCUGCUAGUCGUCAUCGAAAACACAAAUUCCAUGUGCGACACUCCCCUAAUCAUAAUAUGAAGAAUUUAUUACCUCCAGCAAUGCCAAUGCACGACUUUACAAGUUACCAGAAUCCACAUUUAAUUUUACAACCGCAAACGUUGCCAACAGAUCUUCCACCACUUUAUCAACCACAACACAGGGCUUCAAUAUGAUACCAUCAC